UUUGUUAACGAAUGAUCGCCUAAAUAUGGUCCCGAGAUCUACAGAACGCAGUGUAUAAAUUUCAAACCACAUGGAAAAAUAUUUGGAAGAGACGAUGCUUGAAAAUUUGUGAAACCAAAGAUUUCGGAGUUCGAUGUCGAUUUGUAUGACUCGUGGACGGCGACUUUGUUAUAGACUUCGAUGUCAGCAAAGAACCGCUUCACUCAAAGUGACAUACUUGGAAACAUACAAAAGCCAUCACGAGGCCUCUAAACUGGGAGAAAUAUUGCCGUGCUUUCCUUCGGCUAAACGUCGAAUGAGCAAUAUUUGCUUUAAUUUUAUUUUUAUGAAAUACAGAACUUAAGCAGAAAACUUUACUUCGAAUGGGAAAUACCAAACGCUUCGGUCAUUCACCAUCUAUUAAAAUAAGUUUUGUAAAAGAUAUUGUUGUCAUAUACGACUUGUGUUAAUUAGAAAAUCUAAAAUCAAUAUAAAAAAAUACGCUGACAAUUGAGGUUGGAUCGAGGGCGCAGAUCAUUUUAAGUUGGUUGGCCACUCGCCGAAACAGAACAAACUCGUGCCAGUCAAUCAUCGUGUACUUUGACCCACAGAACUAAAGAAGAUCGCAGGUUUGACGGCGUGAACGCAUUUCAAAAUGGAACCAAAUUCAAACCGCAUCGAAAAAUAUCUGGAAGAGACGAUGCUGGAAUAUUUGAGAAGCCAAAUCGAGAUUCCAGAAUUCGAUGUCGAUUCACGCGACUCGAUAGACGACGGCGACUUCGUAAUCGAGUUCGAAGUCAAUCGAGUUUUAGAUAAACUCGUCGAGAACGUGCAGCGAACGGCGUCGCUCAAAGUAAAAUACGAGGAAACUGGCAAAACGCACCAUCAGGCCGUUCUAUUUAAAUUGCCGGGUUUUCCUUUGGAUGUGAACUUAAUGAGAAAACUCUGCUUCAGAGAAUGUCUGAUAGUGAGUAAUGUAGAUGAAGCUCUGGGGUCUAAAGAAUGUACCCCAGAUCCGGCUGGAGCCUUGUGCCUGCACAUCCAACUGGCACGCGAUUCGAUCCCGCCAAAUAUUCCUCCUCAAAACGAAGAUGUUGAGUAUAAUAUUGCUCCUUCCAUUAAAAAUGAGGUAAAUCCGCAGCGGGAGGCGGACGACCAUGCGAGUUACAAGUUAGUAGUCCAUUUGUCCUCAGAAUUCGAAAUCGAGGGCAAAAACGCAGGCUCCCGGAUAGUGUCCUGGGUGGACCGCAAUCUUCACACCCUUGAAGAAAGAAGAACCGAGUACAUCCGAGAAUCGCCAAAUGUUAUCAACAAGCAAACUUUAUAUGUUGCUCUUCAACGUAACAAGUACUACCUCAGGCACCAAAGCACAUUGGAAAACGUGAUGACCAAGAAAAAAUAUUAUCCCCUCGGUAAAACGAAGGAUUUUGUGGGGGAGGGCGCCAAUUUCAUCCUUAUGCGUUACUUAGCCAUAACCAAGUUUGAAGGAAUGUUCGAGCUGUCCACCAUGUACAUUAAUGGUGACAUGUGUCGCAACAUUUAUGAAUGCGAGGGCGCCAAAAUGAGUUCAAUCAACGGCAAUCCGGUAGAAGUGACCAAAAUCUACAGGGUUGUCAUUGAAGAAUGCGGCAUACACCACAUCAGCGCCACAGUACUCACAGUAUACGGUAAAAAAAAUUUUUUCUCAACAAAACACGAAAACGGAGUUUGCGGUCGGAAGGUUUAAUCGUGAGCCACGAAUGGGACGGCAGCCCUUAUAUACUGCACAUUAAUCCGCUUUCGACGACCUCUGGGAAGCCUACCAAGCACGACUGCCUGUCAUUGAAGAAAACCUGGGAAACCGACUUUGAACUUAUGUCUAAAUAUUUAGAUUGCAAAACUGAGGCCGAACUGAAAAUGAACACUUACUUGAAAGACCACCCCGAGGUGCGUACCAUGAUGGAGGACUACACCCAGAAUGUUUUGUUACUAAAGCCUUCUAAUGUUCUGUCGUUUACCUAUGAUUAUUUCACCAAUUUGGGUCUAUACCGUCUUCCCAAUCUCCCAUAUUUUGAAGAUGAUUAUGAUGAAGAUGAUGAAAUGAAGUUUUUUUGGUAACUUACUAGCCCUCCUGGACGGAUACCUAUAAUCGGGACGAACCUAACGUACAUUUGGGAUUAGAAUAAUCGAUUCUUCACCUGCAAACUGUACUGAUUCAACAUCUUUACGAGUGAAUUUUUCAAUCCGGGGAUCUUCAUGUCGCC